GCCAUUUCCUGUCUGCUUCCCCCUGGCCCAGCGCGCGUGCAAAGUAGACAGAUAUCAUAUCGAUCUCCGAUAUUUCCCAUCGGAUUUCUCCCGUUUAGGUCAUCAGAUCCCUCACGUGUCGGAUUAAUAUUCAGCACCAUGUCCCAGAGCUCUCCCAAAAAACAGAAAAUGGCGACCACGCUGGACCAUCUGAAGGACUUCACCACAGUAGUGGCUGACACGGGGGAUUUUGACGCCAUUGGUCAGUACAAGCCGCAGGAUGCCACCACCAACCCCAGCCUGCUGCUGGCUGCCGCAGACAUGCCGCAGUACCAGAGUAUCGUGGACGACGCCAUACAGUACGGACUCAAGAACGGGAAGACAGUUGAUGAACAGUUGACGGAGGCCAUGGACAAGCUGUUUGUGAACUUUGGUGUGGAGAUUCUCAAGAUCAUUCCUGGCAGGGUCUCUACUGAAGUGGAUGCCAGGUUGUCUUAUGACGUGGAGGGUUCCAUCGCGAAGGCGCGAAAGUUCAUUGACCUUUACGAGAAGGCGGGCAUCAGCAAGGAGAGGAUCCUGAUCAAGCUGAGCUCCACCUGGGAGGGCAUCAAGGCAGGGGAGCAGCUGGAGGCCGAGCACGGCAUCCACUGCAACAUGACCCUGCUCUUCUCCUUUGCACAGGCAGUGGCAUGUGCAGAGGCGGGGGUAACGCUGAUCUCACCGUUUGUGGGGCGGAUCCUGGACUGGUACAAGGCCAGCACGGGGAAGUCUUCCUACGAGCCACACGAAGACCCAGGUGUGAAGAGUGUUACAAAGAUCUACAACUACUACAAGAAGUAUGGCUACAAGACCAUCGUGAUGGGAGCUUCCUUCAGAAACAUUGGUGAGAUCAAGGCCCUGGCUGGAUGUGACUUCCUCACUAUCAGCCCCAAGCUGCUGGGGGAGCUGCAGAAGUCUGACGAGGUGCUGAAGCGCCAGCUGUCUGUGGAUCAAGCCCAGGCUGAGGAUCUGGAGAAGAUCACCCUGGAUGAGAAGAAGUUCCGCUGGCUGCACAACGAGGACCAGAUGGCCGUGGAGAAACUCUCGGACGGGAUCCGGAAGUUCGCGGCGGACGCCAUCAAGCUGGAGAACAAACUCAAACAGAAACUGUUGGCAGCUGCCAACGGGGCUGAGAAGUAGAGCACACCAAGACAAACUUAUCAUCAUACGGAACCACCACAUGUGGUAAACUUUGCUCCAAAAGAAAAA